GCCGAUCGCUCACUGAUGCCGGUCACCUAAUAUCUGUUGCCAUGCCGUGCUAUCUUGCUCCGGCUUUUCUGUUGAUCAUGCCGUAAAUAUCUCGUUGUCAUAGUAUUGUUUUGCUUGCUGCUGACCAAUGUUGGGCACGACUGUCUGUGACCGGUACGUGUGGUGAUUACAGGCGGGCUGCUUCACCAUAACGCUCCACCGGUGUUGGGCUAGAGAAUGGCUCCUUUUACCGAUAACAGGUCGUCUAUGCAGCUGUGUCCUGGAAAGUGGUCAAGUCCCGGCAUCUGCAGAUGAUGCAAAGCCAUGCCAAGCUGUAUGUUGGUGCCUCAGGCCUCAAAUACCUCGGCCCAACUCCGGGAUAUCAGAAUGCUAGCGGAAAUGCUGUCGAACCUCACGUCUUCACCACGCACGCAUCCGCAUCGCCAAUUCCUGCUCCGCAACGGCUCUGGACGCUCCAUCAUGGCGAAAGCAAAGAAAUCCCGCACCAUCGCCGUCCGCCUGAUAUCCAUGGCGCUGACGGGCUACUUCAAAACCUUUACGCGGCCGCGCAAGGCGAGGCCCUUGAGCUUGCUGAGAUAUGAUCCUGUUGAAGAAAGUCCUCUUUCUCGAGCGGAAACGGGGGAAGUAAAGACACGCAUCCAACCCGCAUCCGAGAAGUGCAUAUAUAGAAAUGAACCAACGAACUCGCGACCGUACCAAUGUACCUCUACAACUACGCUACGCAUCUCCACCGGCAUCGAACCGCCCAACCCAACCGAUAACACACACAUCACACGAUCCGAACAUAUGUACAUAUCACACACCAUAUACCACACCACCACCCCACGACCAACCGAAACCUUCAAUGAGCGAGAGAUAGUGCAGGAGACAAGACGCGGCUCGCGAAGCAUUGUACUAUAUUCUUACCUGUUUUCGUUUUCUUACAAAAUAUGCAUCGACCCGGCGUUCUGACGCGAUAUCAAGAGCUAUAUGCGUGCGUUCGUGCGUGCCGUCUAACCCACUUCCAGUGAUAAAAUGGAGCCGUAUUCCUGUCUUACGCUGCUGGUUGUCCUGAAUAUGCUGUCUGUCGGGUACGAGAUGUACUGAAGAAUUAGUUGGAUGGUGACAAUGAUGAUGAUGUGGAUCAGCAGCUCAUG